UACAUAAGUAAUAUGAUAUAAAAGUGAAAUACAAAAAUUAAAUAUUAACAACAACUGUUAAAGCUUUGAAAAACCAAAAUGUCGGGGAAACCACCACCAGCACCUGCUCCAAAGUUCAAUUUACUGCCAAAAAUUGUCAAUGGUGGUAUCGCGGGUAUUGUGGGUGUCUCCAUAGUGUUUCCAAUAGAUUUAGUAAAAACAAGACUUCAAAAUCAAACGAUCGGCCCAAAUGGCGAGAGGCAAUAUAAAAGCAUGCUUGAUUGCUUCAAGCAGACAUACCGAGCAGAAGGUUACUUCGGCAUGUACCGAGGAUCUGGAGUCAACAUCCUACUGAUCACUCCAGAAAAAGCUAUUAAGCUUGCAGCCAAUGACUUUUUCCGCUAUCAUUUGUCUAAGCCAGAUGGAUCCAUAACGCUCCUAAAUCAGAUGAUUGCUGGUGGUUCAGCCGGGGCGUGUCAGAUUGUCAUCACCACGCCUAUGGAACUCCUGAAAAUCCAGAUGCAGGACGCUGGACGUGUCGCAGCACAAAUCAAAGCCGCUGGUGGCAAAGUUGGUAAACGCGUCACAGCCUGGGGACUAACAAAAAAAUUAAUUGCUGAAAAUGGUAUCCUUGGGUUGUACAAGGGUGUGACAGCGACAGCUGGUCGAGACAUCUCCUUCAGUGUAGUCUACUUCCCUACUUUCGCAAUCCUUAGCAAGUUGGGUAUUCGGAAUAAAGAAGACAUAACACCACCAUUUUGGUGGUCAUUCCUUUCGGGCUGCAUUGCGGGAUCUUUUGGUGCUCUGGCAGUCAAUCCAUUGGAUGUUGUUAAGACCCGCAUGCAAACACUCACUAAAGGUAGUGGCGAGCGGCAGUAUACGGGGAUCAUGGAUUGCGUUACGACCACGAUGAAGCACGAAGGCCCGCUAGCAUUCUUCAAGGGCGGCGCUUGCCGUAUGAUGGUGAUCGCCCCUUUGUUCGGCAUCGCCCAGACCGUCUACUACCUCGGUAUCGCGGAGUACUUGCUAGGAUACAAGCGCGACAAAAUUGUCUGAACACACAUCAAAAUCCUGUCUACCCA